AUGCUAAGAGGAGUGGAAAAUCUGUACCACAGAACUGGGAAAGAGAGAAAAUGGCAGGACUGGAAUGGCUCAGGGCAUUUAGAAAAUGAAAGACUUUCAUUACGAACACGAGAACAGGUAAGUAUAUCAAGGGCCACUAGCUUCACAGAGGCAAAUGUGGCAGUGUUCUUUUACAAGUUGAUUUGCCUUAAAGCAAAAUAUAGUUUUGAACCACAAGACAUACACAAUCUGGAUGAGGCUGCAGCAACCACUGUGCAUAAACCACCUGAAAUAUUGGCACAGACUGUGUGCAGAACAGUUGGACAAGCUACAUCUGCUGAAAGAGGAUCACUUGUGACAAUGGUUACAAUAAUCAGUGCAUCUGGAACAGCUGUGCCACCAUUCCUUGUGUUUCCUAGGGUGCAUUUUAAAGAUCACAUGCUGCAUAAUGCCCCGCCAGGCUCUGGGGUUGGAGCCACUGCCUCAGGCUGGAUGAACAGUGAACUAUUUUUACCAGUCCGGCUGCACUUUGUAAAACAUGAAAGUCCUACAAAGGAACAUCCUAAGCUCAUCAUUCUUGACAAUCAUGAAAGCCACACAAGCAUAGCAGCAAUAUCAUAUGGAAAAGGAAAUGGAAUUAUUUUGCUUACUUUGCCUCCUCACACAAGCCAUAUGCUUGUUCUAUAA